GAAAUUUUGAUGCUAUAUUGUUCACAAUUUUAUACAUAAGUACCCCAUACGAGGAAAAGGUGUACAAGCGAAAGUGCGUAGAGAGAAAUAGAGUGCCAAAUUAAAUCUUUCUUGGAAUUCCUGCUCCAGGAAUGGCGGGUCAGAGUUUAUCGACACAUGCAUGUUGUCUAAGGAUGCUGCUGCCUCUCUCCAGUGGCAGCCAGGUAUCCUCAGGCUGUAAACAGCGCAGCACCGUUAAGUCUCGGACCCCCCCUUUUCCCGAUCUCGAAUACUGUACACUCUGUUGGCUCUCGCUCCUGGAGGAUAACACGACCCUGCCUCGUGUGGAAUUCAGCUAACAAGGAUGAUGUCAUAUCUGGCUACCGAGGAUGUGACCCCGUUUGUAUUCAUUUUCUCCGAUGUGCACAGCUGCUGUGGUAACAGCUUGGGAGAUAGGUGAGGAGUUGAAUUGUCCAGAUGUCUUUACUGACGGUAUAAACAUCCUUACCUGCAGAAUCAACAAGACAGUCAUCGACAAUGGUGGUUGCCUUUCAAUGCAGAAGUCAGUAACAUUUGAUCUUACGAAAGACUCCACUAUAAGCACAGCAUGUCUCGCUGCUUACAACAGUCUAGAUAACUGCACUGGAAAACAGAAUGAAGAGCAAUGUUGGUGUGAUCAUAAGGAUGGAAAUAUCCUUGUCUAUAAAUUUUCUUUCCACUUCAACCGCACCAUACACAAAGGAGGACAAAUGGAAUGCAAACUUUGCAUUCCAUCUUCAAAUCAUCUUGCCACAACAGCCACUGGCAGCUGCAAAAAUUUCAAAGCAACUGAGAGACCUGUGAAUAGUAGAGCUGGACUAACUGUUGCUGAAAUUUUCAUUCUUUUUCAUGUGGCUGCUGUUUUUGUGCUAGGGCCUUGCUGAAGGUGUGGAAACACUGUACAAGAGCUCAGUGAGUGCUGUACUCCUCAACUACCAGGUGCAUAUGGUUGACCAUGGACGUGUAUGGAUGGACUGAUGUCUGUAUGCCGAGACUCACUCUUGGCCUCUUUCUAAGUAAUUGGCCGCUGUUAGUCUCGUCGAGCCGUAACAAAGAAUGUGAAUAAACUGGAAGUAAUGUCUUUUAAUGUCUCGUUUUAACAGUUAACUGGAAAAAAAUCGUCUGCCAGCAGUCCAGGGAUAUUAGUUCGUGGGUAGACCUUUAACAAACCGAUGGGUGCCCACUACGACUUGCACAGCUUAACAGCUUGGAGAACACACUCACACACAUAUGUACAUACAUGUACAUGAACAGACAUAGAAACACGGUCAUUAGCGCCUGGAACUCCCUAUCAACAAACAUACAAAAACAAAAA